UGUCACACAGCCCCCACAGAUUCUUACCAACAAUCCUGUGCUGGUGGACGGAGGGGAGACGGCGAUCAUCUCCAAGGCCGUGCUUCAGAUCGACGACCCAGACAACCCUCAGGAUGUCCUGGUCAUGGUUCUGGACCCGCCCCAACAUGGCCGCCUGACCCGUCUCAAUGGCGACCUGGCGCUGAGCCAGUUCAAGAUGGAGGAGUUGUCACGGGAACAGGUGCAGUAUGUCCAUGAUGGGUCGCCAGGGCAACGGGACAGGAUGCUGCUACAGGUCAACGAUGGAAACAGCUACCAGAACAUUCUAAUGCAGAUCAGCAUUACUCAGAAGCUUACCCAGGCUCCUCGUGUUCUGUCGGUGCCCGUCACGUGGGUGAGAGAGGGAGGCAUGGUACAGUUGGGGAAGAGGUAUCUGAGGACAGAGUAUCAGGGUGCCAGCGAUGACCAGAUCAUUUACACCAUAGUGAGCUCCAAAGGAAGCCCCAAAUAUGGUGAAGUGCUGUUGGUGCCAAUGCCAGCCGACGGCCCGUUGGAAGGUUGGCAGCCCUCGCCCGACGACAGGAGUUCUACCCCCACCUCCUCCUUCACUCAGCAGGAUGUGAACGAGGGCACUGUGUGGUACAAACACUUUGGCACCACCGGCUUGCCGGAAGGAGACACCUUCCUGUUCCAGGUGUCUAGUGAGGGGUCCCCAGACACGCUCAGUGAUGCUCAGACCUUCACCAUCGGAGUGAUGCCUGAACUCCCAGGGUUCCCCCAGCUGGCCCCUGCCUGCGAUCUACAGAUAACGGCGCUGGAAGAUCGUGUGACCGUGCUAACACCCACAGCUUUGUCCUUUGUGGACUCUGAGACGCCCAGUGAAAAGCUUGUCUACAACAUCACCAAGCCCCUACCUCAGGGACAAGGUUCUUUGGAGCAUCGUGACAGACCCUACAACCCAGUGUCCUUCUUCACCCAAGCUGAUGUCAACCAGGGCCGGAUCCUGUACCGCCCUCCGCAGGCCGCCUCUCACCUCCAGGAGCUCUACCAGUACUCCUUCACUGGUCUGCCAGAGUCGCUGAAUCUUUAUUUCACAGUGUCGGACGGGGAACACACCACUCCAGAGAUUGACUUUUCCAUCCACCUGUUGGCCAACUACCAGCAUCCUCCGGUGUUUCAGAUCCUUGACCCUGUUCUGGAGGUUAGCAUGGGUGGACGAACACCCAUAGGUGGGCAGCAGCUGGCAGUAACUGAUGCAGAUACAGCUCCUGAUGAGUUGGAGUUUGAGCUGGUGGAAGGACCGGUCCAUGGAACCUUGCUCAAGAUGGAGUUUGACUCACAGACUGAGAUGAUGAAUGGUGACACGUUCUCCUUCAGUGACGUGACCCAUAACGUUUUGCAGUACGAACACUCUGGCCUCUCCACCGACGAGGACGCCAUCACCUUUACCGUUACCGACGGCUUCUCCAUGACGACGGCGGUGGUACAGGUGGUUGUGUUGGGCGUCGGGGGCGACGGGCCCAGGAGAGACCCAGAGGCCCUGCUGUCCAUGGAGGUUCCUGAAAAAAGUACUAGUGUCAUCAGACGCACUCACCUGGGUUAUACGAGCGACACCUCUCCAGAUGAGAAGAUACGUAUUCAGCUGGUGUCAGUUCCUAUGUACGGCAUCCUGACCAGGACAGGGUCAGACUCAGAGCACCAGGAGAUGACAGAGUACUCCUCUUUCACUGUGGACGACAUCAACAAACACAGGAUCAGCUACAUCACUUCCUUUGAGAUAGGAAAUCAGCCGGUGACGGACAUCUUCCAUUUUAUUGUUUACGACGGUGAAAACAAUCGCCUUGACAACCAGAUGUGUACCAUCACCAUCACCUCCAUGAAGAGACAGCCUCCAGUGGUCACUGUCCGCAGUGGCAUCAAGGUCCAGGAAGGAGGAAGAGUCCAGCUGUCAACCAAUCACAUCAUUGUAUCAGAUCUGGACACACCCAAGAAGGACCUGCUGGUGUGGAUGAUCAGCUCGCCCAAAUAUGGCUUCAUUGAGAACACGAGACGAAGAGUGGGCUCGUUGGGCGGUUCAAAUACCCUCGUCAUCAGUCCAGAGGUUCCCUUCUCCAUGGACGACCUGACCACUGACCACAUCUUCUACGUUCAGAACGUCCAGAACACUGACCACCACUAUCAGGACACCUUCUCCUUCUACAUCAGUGAUGGGUCCAGUCAGACAGAGGCCUUCAAUGUCAACAUAGAUAUACUGCAGACUAAGGAGGAGAUGGAGCCGGUGGUAUCAGUGAACAGAGUCCAGGUGGAGCAGAACUCAGGAGUGGUCAUCACUAACUCCUCUCUCAACGUCCUGGACCAGGACACGCCAGACAACGACAUCAUCAUCACCGUCACCAAGCAACCUGCCUACGGUAAGCUGCGUAGACGCCAGUUCUACUCCCAGCCUCUGGAGAACGGUCGGAUCCUGUCUCAGGGGUCCACGUUCACCUACCAGGACGUGGUCGACCUGCUUCUGGUGUACACCCCUGACGCGGCCAGCGGGGGCAGUGACGAGCUCGCCUUCUCUCUGACCGACGGCAUCCACGUCGCCACCGGACGGCUCACCUUCACCAUAGACGUCAGGAAGAGCGAAGGACCAAGGAUGACUGUGAAUAGAGGCCUGCAGCUGGCCGCAGGCUCAGCGGCUAAGAUUACUGAACAGAACCUGAAGGGAUCCGAUUCAGACUCAGAUAGCCUGAAGCUGAGGUACAUCCUCACCAAAGAUCUUCCAUUGGGAAGACUACAGCUUUCUAAAGAAGGAGGAGGAGGACAGGACAAGAUGUCUGUUAAAGGACCUGUCAAGAGCUUCACACAGGAGGAGGUCAACAAAGGUCUGUUGGAGUACAGUCAUGAGAAGGGAGAGAAAGGAGGGAGCGUCUCCUUUAAGUUCAACCUGGUGGAUCCAGAGGGCAACAAACUGAUCGACCAGUCUUUCUUCAUCAGUGUACUAGAGGACCACCUGCCCCCCUCUGUGGUAAUGAAUAAAGGUCUGGUGGUUGAUGAGAACUCAGUGAAGAAGCUGACUACUCUCCAGCUGUCAGCUACAGACCAGGACAGUGAGCCUGGAGAACUGGUGUAUCGCAUCACCAAGCAGACUGCACUGGGACACCUGGAGCACGCCAGCAACCCAGGAACACGCAUCACGUCCUUCUCCCAGGCUGACCUGACAUCCCGCAGUGUCCAGUAUGUUCACACCAGCGAAGAAGAGAAGCAUGCGGACCAGUUCUCCUUCAUCGUGUCUGACGGCGCUAACGAGGUUGCCCAGUCGUUCUACAUCACCAUCCGGCCGGUGGAUGACUCCCUCCCCCUGCUGGUGGUUCCUGGGAUGAGGGUUCAGGAGGGGGUCAGGAAGACCAUCACUGAGUUUGAACUGAAGGCCACCGACGCUGACACAGAGGAGGAGUCCAUCACCUUCACCAUAGUCCAGGCUCCCCGUCACGGCACCAUGGAGCGGACCAACAACGGACAGCACUACCGUCAGACCAACAGCUUCACCAUGGACGACGUCUACCAGAACAGAAUCAGCUACAACCACGAUGGAUCCAACUCACUGAAGGACAGAUUCACCUUCACUGUAGCUGACGGGACUAACGUCUUCUUUAUGGUGGAGGAGGCAGGCAAAGAGGUGUUGACGGCUGCACCACAAAAGUUUAAGAUUGACAUUCUGCCAGUGGAUGAUGGAACACCUCGUAUCGUCACAAACCUGGGUCUGCAGUGGCUGGAGUACAUGGACAACAAGGCCACCAACCUGAUCAGUAAGAAGGAGCUGUUGACCAUGGACCCAGACACCGAUGAUGGUCAGCUGGUCUAUGAGGUCACAGCAGAGCCUAAACACGGCUUCCUGGAGAGCAAACUGAAACCUGGGGCUCCCAUCACCACCUUCACACAAGCUGACGUUAACCUGGGCUUGAUCCGCUACGUGCUCCACGAGGAGAGCGUGACAGAGACCGUGGACAACUUUAAGUUCCUGGUGAAGGACAGCAAGCCCAACGUUGUCUCUGAUAACCUGUUCCAUAUCCAGUGGUCCCUCAUCAGCUUCCAGCAGAGGAGCUACAAUGUGAGUGAGAAGGCUGGCACGGUGUCAGUCACAGUGAAGAGGACGGGCAACCUGAACCAGUAUGCCAUCGUGCUGUGUCGUACGGAACAGGCCAGUGCCACCUCCACCUCCAGCGUGGGAUCUCGUCCCGGGCAGCAGGACUACGUGGAGUACGCUGGACAGGUCCAGUUUGACGAGCGGGAGGACACCAAGGUGUGUACCAUAGUGAUCCAGGACGACAAGGUGUUUGAAGGUGUGGAGAGUUUCCAGGUGGAGCUGAGCAUGCCCGUCUACGCCCUCCUGGGUCAGGUGACUCGCGCCAGCGUCAACAUCAACGACACCGAAGACGAACCCACGCUGCAGUUUGACAAGAAGAUCUACCACGUCAACGAGAGUACCGGCUUCAUACACGCCCCCAUAGAGAGGAAAGGUGACACCAGCAGUACGGUCUCGGCUCUCUGUUACACGGUCCCUAAGUCAGCAAAGGGAAGCAGUCCACACGGCCUGGAGUCUGGGUCUGACUAUAAGAGUCGAGGUAUGACUGGUGACAGCAGGGUCAUCUUCAGCCCCGGCGUCUCCAUGUCCACCUGCGACGUCAAGCUCAUCGACGACAGCGAAUACGAACUCUCAGAGGAGUUUGAGCUCCACCUAUCGGACGCCUCGGAUAACGCCCGCAUGGGUGAUGUUAAAGUGGCAAAGGUGGUCAUUGACGGGCCAAAUGAUGCUUCGACGGUAUCCCUGGGCAACGCUACGUUUACGUUCAGCGAGGACGCUGGCACCAUAGAGAUUCCGGUGUUGCGGCAGGGGAGUGACCUGUCGUCAGUGACCUCUGUGUGGUGUGCCACACGCCCCUCUGAUCCCCCCUCUGCCACCCCCGGGGUCGACUACAUACCCUCCUCCAGGAAGGUGGAGUUCAAAGCUGGCAAGACUAUGGAGACGUGCAGUCUGACCAUCAUGGAUGACAUUCAGAACCCGGCCAUUGAGGGGGCAGAGGCUUUUGUAGUGUUCCUCUCCUCCCCUCAGGGGGCGGUGCUCCUCGAACCCUUCGAAGCCUCCGUGGUCAUCACUGAUACCUUGGAUCUACCCAGCAUGCAGUUCGAGAAGACGGCGUACAAGGUGAAGGAGAAGGAGGGCGUGCUGAACAUCCCCGUCGUUCGAACGGGAGACCUGACGGUCAAGUCGUCUGUCCGCUGCUUCACUCGCACCAUGUCUGCCAUGGUGAUGGACGACUUCGAGGAGAGGAGGAACGCAGACGACUCACGUAUCUCCUUCCUCCAGGGAGAGAAGGUAAAAAACUGCACGGUGCACAUCAAUGACGACUCUGUGUUCGAGCCAGAGGAGGAGUUCCAGGUGCAUCUUGGGACGCCGCUGGGGGACCACUGGAGCGGGGCCAUGGUGGGAGUUAGUGACAUUGUCACGGUAACCAUCACUAACGACGAGGACGCCCCCACCAUAGAGUUUGAGCAGACGUCGUACCAGGUGAGGGAGCCCCCCGGGCCAGACGGCAUCGAGGUGCUUAACAUCAAGGUGGUCAGGACAGGAGACCAGGACCGCACCUCCAAGGUCCGUUGCAGCACCCGGGACGGAUCAGCCCAGUCCGGAGUGGACUACAACCCCAAGAGCAGGGUCCUCAAAUUCACCCCUGGCAUGGACCACAUCCUGUUCAAAGUGGAGAUUCUGUCCAAUGAGGACAGGGAGUGGCACGAGUCCUUCUCAUUGGUCCUCGGUCCUGACGAUCCGGUGGAGGCGGUGCUUGGAGAGAUCACCACGGCAACAGUCACCAUCCUGGACCAGGAAGCAGCAGGGAGUCUCAUUCUCCCGGCCACGCCCAUCGUGGUAUCUCUGUCAGACUAUGACAAUGUGGCUGAGGUGUCUAAGGAGGGCAGUAAGAAGCAGCCUGCUCCUGGCUACCCCUUGGUGUGUGUGACGCCCUGUGACCCGCACUACUCCAAAUACUCUGUGAUGAGGGAGCGCUGCGACGAGGCAGGCAUCAACCAGACCUCUGUUCACUUCUCCUGGGAGGUGGCUGCCCCUACAGACACCAGCGGGGCCAGGUCACCUUUCGAGACCGUCACUGAUACCACACCAUACACUGGUGUUAACCAUAUGGUCCUGGACAGUAUCUAUUUCUCUCGGAGGUUCCAUGUGCGCUGUGUGGCCCAGGCCCGGGACAAGUCCGGCCAUCUUGGAACACCCCUGAGGAGUAACAUAGCAACCAUCGGCACCGAGGGUUCCAUAUGCCACACCCCUGUUACCACGGGAACAGCCCGGGGGUUCCAGGCCCAGUCGUUCAUCGCCAGUCUGAAGUAUCUGGAUGUUAAACACAAGGAGCACCCCAACCGUAUCCACAUCUCGGUGCAGAUCCCCCACCAGGACGGUAUGCUGCCCCUAGUGUCCAGCAUGCCCCUCCACAACCUGCACUUCCUGCUGUCGGAGUCCAUCUACAGACAACAGCACAUCUGUUCAAACCUGGUCACUCUCAAAGACCUGCAGGGGGUCUCUGAGACGGGUUUCCUGGAUGAUGUCCAGUAUGACAGUAUCUCUCUGGGUCCGGGUUAUGACAGACCCUACCAGUUCAACCCCGGUGUCCGAGAGGCUAAGAGCAUCCAGCUGUAUAAACACCUCAACCUGAAGAGCUGCAUCUGGACCUUCGAUGCCUACUACGACAUGACGGAACUCAUAGACGUCUGUGGAGGCUCUGUCACUGCCGACUUCCAGGUGCGUGACUCGGCCCAGUCGUUCCUGACGGUGCAGGUUCCUCUCUACGUGUCGUAUAUCUACGUAACAGCUCCCAGGGGUUGGGCUUCACUGGAACACCACACUGAAAUGGAGUUCUCUUUCUUCUACGACACCGUGCUCUGGAGGACAGGCAUCCAGACAGACAGUGUUCUGUCAGCCAGACUCCAGAUCAUCAGGAUCUACAUAAGAGAAGAUGGCCGUCUGGUCAUCGAGUUCAAAACACACGCCAAGUUCAGGGGUCAGUUUGUCCCCGAGCACCACACUCUGCCUGGGCACAAGUCCCACCUGAUGGUCCCGGACCACCUGGGGGGGAUAGAGUUCGACAUGCAGCUCAUCUGGAGCGCCCAGUCCUUUGAUUCUCCCUACCAGCUUUGGAAAGCCACCUCCUCAUACAGCAGGAAAGACUACUCUGGAGAGUACACAGUGUUUCUGAUCCCCUGUACCGUGCAGCCAACCCAACCAUGGACCGACCCUGGAGACAAGCCUCUGUCCUGCACAGGCCCACGCCCCAGAGAAGUUCCAACUACCUAUAGCCUUCCAGCAGACCAACCGACCGGUGCCUGUCGUGUACAGCCUCAACACAGAGUUUCAGCUGUGCAACAAUGAGAAGGUGUUCAUGAUGGACCCAGCCGUCGCUGACAUGUCCAUGGCUGAGAUGGACUACAAGGGAGCCUUCUCUAUGGGCCAGACAUUGUAUGGCAGGGUGCUGUGGAACCCAGAGCAGAACCUGAACUCAGCCUACAAGCUGCAGCUGGAGAAGGUGUACCUGUGUACGGGACGUGAUGGAUACGUGCCCUUCUUCGACCCCACGGGGACUCUGU